AGCGGCUGUUGGAGAAGGGGUUCACGGAAACAGUCCCUUCCGAAGCCCCGGCCAUCGCGGGGUGGGCCGUCUUCCUCCCUCUCAGGCCGGGGGCGCCGGCCAAGAGGGACACGUGUACCGACCGCGGCCGCCCACCCGGGCACGCCGGGGCAAGACCGCGCAGGACGACCCGGGGGCCGCCGCCCGUUGGCCCCGCCCGGCCCUGAACGCCCAGGGGUCGCGGCGCGUCUGCCCGUGGCGUGUCAGCAGCAGCCUGUGGCGACUGAGGCUAUGCAUUGCAGCAGCUCCAAGAGCGGGGUGGUCUUGGCUCCAGUGUCCCGAGGUCCUGAUGCCUGUCAGAUGAUAACCAGAGCCCACCUCGGCCAGGAUCCCCCCCAAAGAACAGUGCUAGGGGUGCUGACUGAGAAUGGGCAGUACAGGAGGACCUGUGGCCAGGGGAUCACAACAAUCAGGUGUUUCUCUGGAUCAGAAAAUGUCUUCCCUUCAACUGGAAAGAAACUGCUCUCUGACUGUGGGGUCCAUGUGCCCGCCAAGCAAGGAUUUGAUAUCUACAUGGAUGAGCCUGAGCAGGGUGACAGAGACAGCUGCACAGAAAGAGAGGGGAUGGCAUUUGAGGAUGCGUAUGAAGUAGACACCAGCACACUCAAGUCAGACCUUCACUUCUUGCUGGAUUUUAACACAGUUUCCCCCAUGCUGGUAGAUUCAUCUCUCCAUUUCCAGUCUGAAGAUGCAUCAGAUUUUGGUACAGAUGUGAUAAAUGUGACUGAAUAUGCUGAAGAAAUUCAUCAGUACCUUAGAGAAGCUGAAAUAAGAUACAGGCCCAAAGCGCACUACAUGAGGAAACAGCCGGACAUCACAGAAGGCAUGCGCACAAUUCUGGUGGACUGGCUGGUGGAGGUCGGAGAAGAAUAUAAGCUUCGAGCAGAGACUCUCUACCUGGCUGUCAACUUCCUGGACAGGUUUCUCUCCUGCAUGUCUGUUCUGAGAGGGAAACUGCAGCUUGUGGGAACAGCAGCUAUUCUUCUGGCUUCGAAAUAUGAAGAAAUAUAUCCCCCUGAAGUAGACGAGUUUGUCUACAUAACUGAUGAUACUUACACAAAGCGGCAGCUGUUAAGAAUGGAACACCUGCUCCUGAAAGUCCUGGCUUUUGGUUUGACGGUGCCAACGACCAACCAGUUUCUCCUUCAGUACUUGAGGAGGCAAGGAGUGUGCGUCAGAACCGAGAACCUGGCCAAGUACGUAGCGGAACUGAGUCUACUUGAAGCUGACCCAUUCUUGAAAUAUCUUCCUUCACUGAUAGCUGCAGCAGCUUAUUGCCUGGCAAACUAUACUGUGAACAGGCACUUCUGGCCAGAAACUCUUGCUGCCUUUACAGGCUAUUCAUUAAGUGAAAUCGUUCCUUGCCUGAGCGAGCUACACAAAGCGUGCCUUGACAUACCCCAUCGACCUCAGCAAGCAAUUCGGGAGAAGUAUAAGGCUUCGAAGUACAUGCACGUGUCUCUCCUGGAACCCCCUGCAGUGCUUCCUCUACAGUAAGCUGCAGGACUGAAGCGCUUUCAGACCUGGACUUCCACGUCACCAGCACUGGUCUUAAUUUUUAUAGGUUUCUGCAGGUUGGGUCAACUAGUGUUGCUACAAUAUAGAUGACAUAUUUUUUAAAAAUGUAAAGGUAUUUAGGUUCUCUUAGACUUUAGUAGCUUAUAAUAGAGUCUAACAUUUUUUGA